AUGAAAGGAUCAGAUGCCGAUAACCCUUCAUCAGCUUUAUCAAAGUUAAUCAAAUUCGUUGUGAAAGGACAGAAGAACAAACGGGGAGAUUACUUAUCGAUCAACUCUAAGGGAAAAGAUGUUGAACUUGGAAUCGAGAUCAAAGAUUCUUCAAUCUUUUGCCCGGGUGAUAAAACUGAGAACUGUCAGCAUGGUUUCAGACGGACGGAUGUCUUACCAGCCAUUGAUAGUACCAAGACCCUUGAUGGCGUGACUGUCUUCCACCAGAGUUUCCGUAUGAACCCACAACUUCCGCUGAAUCUUACACAUGGUUAUUUGCUAGCUAGUAUCGAAUUGCCAAAUGUCUUUGCUUGUACCCUAGGUGAUCACGUAUUCGAUAUCUUUGCUGGGUCUGACUUCAGCUCGAAUCUAACUCAAAAGAGUCCGAGUGAUCCUAAGACAAUCAGAAUCAGGGAUUUGAAUUCAAAAGUACUUUAUAGUAUGCCUAUCAAAAACGAUACACUUUACAAUACCGCGAUUACCGUAGAUUGGGUAGGAAAUUCGCUUAUGGUUUCUGCCUCGGAGGGUGAUGACGAAUUGAAGAUAGUAGCUGGACCUUUAGAGAAUUCUCCCAAAGUCGUUGAUCCUGCUAAUAAGCUAACUGGAGAAUGGCACGUUCAACUGAUUAAAUUUCCCCUUCCUAACCCUGCCGAUCCAUAUGACAAAAGAAGUGAUGUGGUACACAAAGGUCUUCAAGAGUCAAAUUUACACGAGGGAGUCUUCUUCUCAAAUAUGUAUGUUGAAGACGGUAGACUGGGCAAAGUCAAAUCUUCGGGUCCACCUCAAGGUUCAGCACCGCAUAGGGUACCCGAAAGAGCUAGAUCUUAA